AUGUCGCUCUUCGUCGACCCCGUCCUCGCUAGUACUGAGUAUGAUGACGAAGUUGGUGUGGGACAGUUUAGUAUGGAGGACCAACAUGUGUGUGGCAAUGGGCGUAUCAAGACUGGACACCGCGAGCUCGACGAAGCACUUAAUGGUGGCUUCAGUACUGGCCGUGGUGGAAUCGUAGAAGUAGCAGCAGAUGUGACCGGAUCCGAUGACAAGCAUCUCGUAUACUCAAUACUUGCAAGUCACUUGGUUUCAAACGCAUCGUCCUGUGUCGCCAUCAUCGAUACCACCGGUAAUUGCGACGUUCUUGCUCUUUACGAAACUCUGGUAGCCCAAUUUGAACGAUCGAGACCUACAUGCUCAGAUUUAGUUGCGGCAUCUGCGGGAGAUGCUAAAGACCUUACUGAGAAGGCCCUCGAAAGAGUCAAGAUUUUUCGCGCCUUUGACCUUACGGGUGUCAGAGAGUCCAUAACAGAAAUUCAAGAAGGGUUGAGACACUCUAUGGGGAAAGCUAAUCAAUCGAGCGCUGUGCAGCAUAUACCCCUCGAGCGAAGAGUGUCUCAGUCACCGCAUGCUCGUAAAAUGAGCGAGAUCCCGGACAGCCAAGCCGAAGAUGGAGACCAUGAGAUGCUACUUGACCCAAUCCCGACCGUCGCACAGAUAGAGCCACCAAAAGAGUCUACAGACACUUCAACGUCCAGCAUACUACAAAAAAUCGAUGUCUUGGUCGUUGAUAACCUCACACAAGUCAUCAAACCGCUCAUGAAGGGCAAUCACGUACAAGCUCAUGCAGUGCUGAGCUCGUUCCUACGAACACUCAACCACCUCGUGACAGCGCAUAGCUUACUGGCACUGCUCAUGGUGUCUACGGUUACACCUUAUAGCCAAGCGCUACCGCGUGCACUUACGCUAAAAUCAACGUUAAUUGUCCAUGACUUUGAUUACCAGCGUGAGAUCGCGCCCGUAUCUAUUUUCGCAUCCAAUGCUGCAUAUCCUACACUGGGACAGAGCUUCCCAUACUUUGUAGAUCUGAUGUUGCUCAUUAGUAGAUUACCGCUCGAUCAGAGGGAUGCCAGAGUUUUCUACGCCGAUGAUGUAAAGCGGUACACUACUGAGGUAGUCAAAGGGGUGAGACUUGGGAUCCUUGUGGAGGUAUUGAAAGACAGGUAUGAGGCACGGUGCGGAAGAUGGGCUGUCAUCGGUGAAAGUUGA